AUGGUCUUCAGCCGGGCUUUCCUCACUGAGGAGCCUAUUGACGUUGCGAUCCAUCCGGUCGGUGGUCUUAUCAUGGCAGUCGCUUUCACAGAGAAAGUCAGAAUCCUAAUGGUGGUAGAUGAGGACCUCGUCGUCUUGAAGGAAGUUUUGAUUACCGAAGCAGCGCCACUGGUGUGGAGUGCUGGUGGGCAGUACCUGGCUGUUGGGGAUGUCGGACGAGAUACCAAACAGGUGGUAGUCUUUGGCAUGCAUCGCGGCUUGGCCAAGAUUGCUACCCUCAGAGUUGGACCUUCGGAAGGCAGGGGCCGAAUAAGCUGCCUCCCCCAAGACAAUCCAGGAGUAUGUGGCCUCUCCUUCGACUCGGAAGAUCGCCAUCUGGCUGUUGCCUUCACCGAUGUUGCCUCCUCGAGCUACGUCACCGAAUGGGAAUGCGCAUCUUGGUCUCGGAAAUGGGAGCACGUCACUACUAACGGCUGUGUCUACACUUCUAUGGCCUACAGCCGGUCGGAAAUAGUCGUAGGUGGUCUGAUCACAACGCCAGGCCAAGGUCGAUCCUAUCGAUACCAGGGAGUCCUCAGACGUCUCCUCAACGGGGAAAUCGUUCACGAAGUCACCCCAUGGGCCUCGACUGUGGACCUGCCCGGCGCCUUCUAUCCAACAGCCCUAGCACAUUGGGCCUUACAACACAACCGAUCGAUUCGUUUCCCAAAGGACACUCUUACCAUCAGUCGAGACCGCCUCACAGCGGGAGGAGAUGAUAUAUCAAAUGCGAACAAGAUGAUAGCCCAACUCGAGAAGGAGCUUUCAAAGACCAUCGCUGACAUGACUACUCAGAUGAAGGAGGAGGUGUCGAAGGCUAGGGACAGCGAUCGGGCAGAGACAGAGGAACUCCGAGGACGGUAUGCAGCACUGGAGGCAGCUGCUGAUGCCAAGGAGAGAGAUGCACUGAAGAGGAUGAGGGCUAUGCAGACAAGUCAAGUGGAGACGACUGAGCAGCUGGAAGCUCGUUAUGAAAGGAAGCUAGCAGUGGGAGAGGCUCGGGUAGAGGAGCUCGAGAGACGCCGACGGCGGGAUAUUGAGGAAAGCCAAAUACAAGAAGCUGAGCAGCGCGAUCGGUCGAAGCGAGAAAAGAGAAUUCUUCGAGAACAGUUUCAAGCUCGUCUGAGGCGAGCCACGGAAGCCCAUGAGGCCAGCCAGGAGUUGGCCGAAGAUCUCAGGAAAAAAUAUGAAACUAUGUUGGAAAUGGAGACGAAUGAGAGGGAAAUUGAAGUUAAUAAAAUCAUCUGCGAGAAGGACGAGGAAAUUAGAAAGCUCACCCAAGACGCUGAGCAACGCCUUAAAGAGAAGGAGGAGCUAGCUAAGGGCAUACAGGCGAUGCAGCAAGAGAAGCUGAGGUUGGCAAACGAGUCGGCUGAGGCCUCCAGCGUUAUGGAUGCUUAUAAAAUCAAGUUGGAGGACCAAUCGAAGAGAAUAGAAGCUUUGCAGCAGCAGAGUGGUGAGCACGUCCGAGGUCGGCGACAGAUGGAGGAAGGGGUCCGGGCCUUACGUGAGAAGGUGGAGUCGGUGACUAAAGGAAGGACAGUUGUCGAGUACCGACUGCGCGAGAUUAGCGAGUCGGUGGCCCCUAAGGACCAGGAGAUCAAACGACUCCGGAAGAGGCUGGUUGAGACGCAACAGGAGCUAGAGGAACAGGCGAGACUGUUGAGGAAGCUCGAGGAUGAUGUCGAGCGGAAGGCUCAUCUUGCUGUUCACCAUCGACAAGAAGUGGUGAUGCUUAAUGAGGCGAUAGUGGAGGGGAAGAAUACGCUGUUGGAGCUGAAGAGAGAGCUUUCGACAGUAGUGCAUCAUACGGAUAUGAAGGAGUGGCCUAAGCUCUUGAAGAGGAUCUAUCACCAACACGUUGUCGGCGGCGAGGAGACCCCAGCAAAGCACAGUAUCGCAACUCGACAAACGAAUAUGAUGAAGUCGGCACAGUCCACAUCUGAGCCUAGGGAGAAUCUUGGCUCAGAGGAAGCUCAACGCCAAAUGAAGGCGUUGGAUAAGAGGUUGCACAGCCUCACUAGACAGUCUUCACGCGCUAAUGCAGCCAGCAGACGUGACCUUAGUCGUCGAGCUACUGAGAACGCAACCCUACUGAACGAAAUCAACGGCAAUCGUGUUCGGAAUAAGAACCUCGAGGAUAAAGUUAAACUACUCGAGUUGGAAUUGAGGGAUCUUCGUGGGAAGUAUCAACAGGCUCAGGCAAGGAAUAGAGAGAAAACUAAUACGAAUACUUCCUUAGGAGAGAAGAAAGGUAAGUGGUCUCGUGGAUGA